CAACUGUUGACCUCUCAUUCAGGGGGGACUGGAUUCAUGACAACAUCUAACUGAACAACGUCACACUCACUCUCUUUUCAUCUUUACACACAUGAGACUUGGGACUGUAUAACGUAGUAAUUACCCUCUUUUAUCUAAUAUUUAAUUGGAGUCACCCGGUUUGCGUCUCACACUCACACCCACACCAUGGACAACAACGACACAGAAGCACCCGUCCUUGACGGCUGCGACCAGCCGAAGGCCCAGGAGGAGGAGCCCGAGCAGGAAUGGCCCUACCUCGACGUCCACCGACAUCUUCGAUACUGGAAGAUGUGCAUCCGAGCUCCCUUACCUCACAUCUAUCUCUCCAACGAAUCCAAUCGCCUAGCUCUGGCUUAUUUCAUCGUCAACUCCGUCACCCUCCUGACCCCGCCUCCGUCAGAACGAACUCCCGAGACACCAGAACCUCUCAUCAGCCGCGAGGACAAGAAGCUGAUGAGGAAAUGGGUUCUUCACCACCAACACCCUACCGGCGGCUUCGUAGGCACCUCCUCGCUUGUUUUCCCGCUUAGAGACUACGACACAUACAACUUCGACACCAAAACCUCUGAUGAGCCAGACCAUGCCGGCUUGGCCAACAUUACCUCCACACUGUUUGCCCUGCAACUGCUUGCCCUGCUGGCAGAUGAGGAGGACGAGGCGGCGGCUGAGAACGUCUUCGAGGGCGUGAACCGGGUGGGGACGUUGCGCUGGCUGAAGAGCCUCCAGCGCGAGGAUGGAAGUUUCGGAGAGGCGCUUAGUGAUUUACCGGGCCACGGGCGGUUUAUUGCUGGCGGGUAUGAUAUGCGCUACUGCUACAUUGCCACGGCCAUCAGGUGGAUUCUGCGAGGGGAUGUGAAAGAGGGAAGCCCAGGGUGGGUGGAGGAUUUUGACACCGAGGCAUUGGCGAGGUAUAUCUUGAAUAGUCAGACAUACGACCGAGGUUUCGCCGGCAAUUCCCAAGAUGAAGCCCACGCCGGCUACGCCUACUGCGCCAUAGCAGCCCUCACCCUCCUCGACCGCCCUCUCACAUCCACCUCCCCCUCCACCAAACCCCAACCCCAUAACUCCCCCCUCCUCCACUCCUCCAUCCGCGACCUCCCCGGCCUAAUCCACUGGCUCGCCUCGCGCCCCUUCGUCUACCUCGAACCGCCCCCACCUUCGGCCUCUACGGACCCAGACACCUACAUCUACCAAGAAGACGACCUCGACGACCCCAACUUCUUGUUGCCACCAACCCCCUCCGACCUCCUCUGCCUUUUAGACACCCUCCAAAAAGAAAAAGGCAAACAGGUGAACGUGGCCUUCAACGGCCGCACAAACAAAGUAGCAGACACGUGCUACUUCUGGUGGGUAGGCGGCGCGCUCGCCAACCUAGGCCAUUUGGAUGAACUGGUGGAUCGAGAAGCUGCCAGACGGUUUCUGCUGGAGAAGAUGCAGCACCGGAUCGGCGGGUUCGGGAAAUCGCCGGGCAGUCCGCCGGAUUUGUAUCAUAGCUUUUUUGGGCUGGCGGUUUUGGGGCUGUUGGACCACGAAGGGGAGAGGGGGAAGGUGAGAGCGUUUGAUGCGGGGUUGGCGGUGCCGAGGGAGACGGUGGGGGUUAUUGAGCGGGCGAGGGGGAAACUAAUUGAGAGCGAGAAGAAGGGUGGGAAGGGUUUUGACGAGAAGCAAACGGUGAGGGGGAAGGAGGCGGUUGAGAUGGGGUUGGAGCUGAGGGGGGAUGGGGAGAGACCGAAGUGGCUUGGAGCGUGUGGGUAUUGAUUGAAGUUGGCCGAUGGUGAUGAUGGUUGAAGUUUGAACUUCUCGUGGAGGUAGAGAACAUAGCGAGUAUCUGGUAACGAAAGCGUUGGCUGGUGGAAUGGGCUUUUGCUUGUAAAACACAUAUACAUACAUACCCCUGAGCGACUGGCGUGCCAUCAUAAAUCAAAAGUCAAUAUCCAAGAGCAAC